GAUCGACGUCGACUCUCGUUUUCAAAAUGUUUACAAGGCAAUGAACGUUCUCAACGCUAUCACGAAAUAAAAUGAAAGACUUCAAAAAUAUGUCCACCAUUGAGGUUAAAAACUGUGGCAAUGCAUAUUUCGCUAAGAAGCAGUACGAUUCAGCCAUCGAUUGUUAUAGUAAAGCCAUUAGCAAAAGUCCAGACAUGGCAACAUUGUUCACAAAUCGAGCCUUAUGCUAUUUGAAGUUAAAAAAAUGGGAGCAAGCUUGUAAUGAUUGCCGGCAUGCCUUGGAGAUAGACAGUAAUAUUGUGAAAGGGUACUAUUUUCUUGGUCAGGCUUUACUGGAACAACAGUUAUUCGAUGAUUGUAUAACAAACUUGCAAAAAGCUUUAGACGCUUCCAAAAAACAGAAAAGUAAUUUUGGUGAUGACAUAGCAUUUUCUUUACGAGAAGCUAAGAGAAAGCGUUUUCAAAAACAAGAGGAAAAAAGAAUUCAAGAAGAGAUUGAAUUGCAGACAUAUUUAAAUAGCUUAAUCAAACAAGAUUUUGAAAGAAAGAUAAGUGCAACUUCCAAAAAUGAUGAUGGAGAGAGAAACAGACUUAACAUUGAAGCAGAAAGUCGAAUGGCCGAGGUCAACAAAAUCUUUGCACAAGUGGAUGAAAGACGAAAACAACGUGAAGUACCGGACUACAUCUGUGGAAAGAUCAGUUUUGAGAUCAUGAAAGAUCCUGUGAUAACCCCUAGUGGCAUUACAUAUGAUCGCAAAGAUAUUGAAGAACAUUUACAGAGAGUGGGGCACUUUGAUCCAGUUACAAGGACAGAACUAACACAAGAACAGUUAAUACCUAACUUAGCAAUGAAAGAAGUUGUCGAUACAUUUGUCAGUGAGAAUGAUUGGGUUGUAAUGGAAUACUGACUGUGAAGGGUUUGGGGUCUUUUCUUCUUGCUUGAGUUGUUGUUCUCAUACUGUUUGUGAGAAGUGAAAGAUUGGAAAAGUUAAGUGUGUGAAAGAACAAGAAAUGAUAAAAUAAAGUAAAAUAAAUGGACCACUUGUUGUCCCAUCACUUGUACACUGAUGCAUCCAAAAACUGUAACUUGUCAUAAUAAACUUUGUGUGAUGCUAUCAGGGAUGAUUUUGACUAUUUUAACUCAGAAGAUCACACUUGUAACAAUUACUAUUUUUAUGAACUACUUUUUAAAAUCCCC